CAAUAUAUAUUAAACAUGGCUGAAGCACGAUUAGCUGUUGGUUUCCAAUUUGCUGUUACUGAUGAAGGGGUCGUAGUAAAUUUAGAUAAAGAAAUUUUAAAGUUAAUGGCAAACUCUGCAUAUAAGUCUAUGAAGAGAAGAUGCAAUGAUGCAAAGAAUACUUUUUUAAAAGGAGUUUAUCCGGCCUCACCUGCAACAUGGAUAUUUUUUCUUGGGGCUUUACUAUCUGCAAGAUAUACAGAACAUGGAACCACAAUGGAUAUACUUCAGAGGAUGGAAAAAGAAUUUCCUGCGAAACAUCGUUUUGAUCAUUCUACAAUACUUGCUAUUUGCAUAUUUACAAUUGUUACACUGAUUUGGCUUUUUUCUGCUUAUGUUUGUCAGUUCAUUUUGCGUCGGCUCUUAAGCAACUGGAGUUUGAUGAAAAAUGCAAGAGGUAAAUUAACGAUAAUGAACAAGCUUUGGCUGGUUUCUGUCAAAGUUCUGAGUGGAUUUAAUCCAGGACUGUAUAGUUUUCAAAAUUCUCUUCCCAAGCUACCAGUUCCAUCUUUAGAAGAUACACUGCAACGACAUUUGAAAUCUGUUGAACCUUUCAUGAGUGAGGCCGAUUAUAACAAUGUUGUUCAGCUCACAGAGGGUUUUAAGAAUGGAGUUGGUCCCAAGCUUCAACGAUACCUGAAGCUUAAAGCUCUUUGGUCACCUAAUUAUGUUAGUGACUGGUGGGAAAAAUUUAUUUACCUACGAUCCCGUUCUCCAUUAAUGAUAAACAGCAACUAUUACGGUGUUGGAAGUUUAUAUGCUCCAAAAUCAAGUAUACAAACAGCACGAGCUGCAAAUAUCAUACAUGCUUUGUUUAAAUAUAGAAAGACUAUUGAUAAUCAUACUAUGGCUCCACUUCGUUUAAUGUUGCUUUACCCCCUCUGCUCAUCACAGUAUACUAGACAGUUUAAUACAACAAGGAUACCAGGAAAAGAACAAGACGAACUUGUAACUGUUCCUGAAUCCAAUUAUGUUAUUGUGUAUCAUAAAGGAAGAUUUUUUAAACUUGCAGUCAUAUUUAGUGGCAACCUGUUAAAACCUGUUGAUAUUCAAGCAAAACUAAAUAAAAUUGUUGAAAAUAUUGAUGACAAGCCUGGACCUGGAGAAGAGUAUCUGCCUGUACUUACAGCAACCGACCGACCAGUUUGGGCUGAAAUGAGGAGUAAAUUCUUUAGUAGCGGUGUCAAUAGAAGUUCUUUAGAUUUAAUAGAAAAAGCAGCUUUUUUUGUCGUAUUGGAAGAAGAUUCAGAAUAUUGGUCUUUUGAAACAAGCUCUCAGGAUGAUAUAAAUAACUUCAGUAGGAGAAUGUUACACGGGAAAGGAUACAAUAGAUGGUUUGACAAAUCUUUCAACUUCAUUGUAUGCAAAAAUGGUCAAAUUGGAUUCAAUGCUGAACAUUCUUGGGCUGAUGCUCCUAUUAUGGCUCAUGUUUGGGAAUGGGUUUUUAUUGAAGAUGUUGAGAAAUUAGGAUAUGAUAAAGAUGGUAAUUGUCAUGGAACUCCAAAAUUCAAUUGGCCGCUUUCAACAAAGUUGCAAUGGGAAAUCCCAGAAGAAUGCAUAUCUGUCAUUAAUUCUUCUCUUGUGAAAGUCCAAAAGGAAAUUGAUGAUGUUGAACUUUUUACGCUGAUUCAUACACAAUUUGGAAAAGGCGAGAUAAAAAAAUGCAAAGUGAGUCCAGACGCUUUUUGUCAAGUUGCUUUUCAAUUAGCUUAUUACAAGAGUAUGAAAAAAGUUUGUUUAACAUACGAAUCAGCAAUGGCAAGACUUUUUAGGGAUGGAAGAACAGAGACUGUUAGAUCAUGUUCCAUGGCAUCAACAAAUUUUGUUAAGGCAGCAGUUGAUCCUACUGUUUCAAGAGAAGUUAAACGUGAUCUGUUAAUAAAAGCUUGUAAUUACCAUACCCAAACAACAAUUGAUGCAAUGACUGGUAAAGGCGUGGAUCGUCAUUUGUUUGCACUAUAUGUUGUAUCUCAGUAUCUGCAAUUAGAUGUGCCUUUUUUAAAAACAGUACUUAGUGAAAAGUGGCUUCUUUCAACCAGUCAGACUGCAGUUAAUCAAACAAUGCGCUUAGACAUUGAGAAUAAACCUGAGCAUGCUUGUGCAGGAGGAGGGUUUGGUCCAGUAGCUGAGAAUGGAUAUGGCAUUUCAUAUAUUAUUUGCGGUGAAAAUCUUAUUUCAUUCCAUGUAUCAUGUAAGAAAUCAUGUCCGGAUACUAAUUCCGAGAUGUUUGCAAAAUUGAUAUCUGAAAGCAUGCUUGAAAUGCUACAUUAUAUAUUAGACGAUAAAACUAAGCAUUAGUUUAUUAACGCCAUUUUAUUUGAAUACUAUUUAUACGACUUAGUAUAUUCACAAGUAUUUAUUUGAUUAUGUUAGUUAAAAUAGAUUUUUAGAAUUUUUCUGGUAGUAUUUCGAAAUUUUAUUAUAGAUUUCAGUGGAUUUUUUUAUUUAUUCAAUGUUCCAAAUAUCUAUAGCAUUAUUUCUAAUUAUAAUUAUUUCGAUUUUGCAAGUUAAUUAUUUUUGUGUUAACAUUUACCUUAACUGUUUUUAUUUUAUAUUGAUUCAUAUUUUUUUGUUUUGUUUUGUUUUUGUUUGUAUCCAGUUUUAUCUCUUUCUUUAUGGUUUUUUUCUUUGUUUCUCAUGUUUUCUCCGCAAUUUAUAUUGAGUGUUAUCAUGUUUCUACUUUCAUUGUUGUGCAUCCAAGUUAUGUAUUUAUACUUUUAGAGUGUAUAGUGGGAUAACUUUCUUUUACUGUGUAUAUAUCAAAUGAAGCUUUUUUAUUGUUUUAUUAUUUUAUUUGAAUAUUAAUAA